AUUUCAACCUGGUGACUAAAGCUGUCUGCACUGUGCGGAGUUGGGCUCUGUGAUUUUUAAAUGUGUAUGGUUAUAUUUGCUCCGAUUUUUGCCAUCUGUGCUUUUGCAACAUGUGGAGGAUACUAUGGUCAUCUCCAGGUUAAGGUGGACUGUGCAGACAGGAGGCAGAAUAACCGCAGCAUCAACAUUGAUUUCGGGUAUCCUUUCAGAUUACAGCAAGUGCAUUUUGAAGCUCCUUUGUGCAAAGAGAACAGAGAUGAGAUUAUUUUCCUGGAAGGUGACUUCUCCUCAGCUGCCCAAUACUUCAUGACUGUGGGUGUCUUUGCUUUCCUGUACUCGCUGUUGGCAACAAUUGUCUAUGUCUUCUACCAGAACAAGUACUUGAAGAACAACAGAGGUCCACUUGUGGACUUUGUUGUUACGAUCAUCUUCUCCUUCAUGUGGUUGGUCAGCAGUUGUUGUUGGGCCAAAACUCUUUCUGAUAUAAAGACAGUCACCAACCCAACACAGGUGCUUCUUCUCAUCACUUCCUGCAGAGCUCAGGAAAACAAAUGCACAGCUACAGAGGAGCCUCUAUGGUCACGUCUUAACACAUCUGUGGUCUUUGGCUUUGUUAAUGUUGUCCUUUGGUCUGGGAAUAUUUGGUUUGUCUUCAAAGAGACGGGCUGGUACAAGACUGGACAGAGAUAUCCGACCAGGAGUGCGUCUGGGAAACGCUCCGGUUCAAUGCGACAGCGGCUCUACAGCGAGAGCAGCUUCGACCAGCCAGAGGAGAACUUUGCUCCCUCUCGACAAAACAGUUUCAAUCUGUCAAAGGGAGACUUUGAUCACCAGUUGCAGAGGCAAGCUAGCAUCAACCAGACACAGGUAAGCUUCAGCUUACCACAGACAUAUCUUGGUAAACCGGUAAUUUAUGACAGAGAAGAUAAAGUGGCUUCUCAAGGUCCGAUGAUAUUUGUCAAUGAGAUGUGACUUAGAGUUUGACCAUGCACAUGCACGUAGAGAACUGAAUGAAAAUUUGCUACUGCUGUUUUGAGUUUGUGAAAAUGACAUCAUUGCUGACUAAAUGUAAUGCUGAAGGGUUUGGAUCACAACGUAGUUUAUCCUCUACAUAAACUUAUACGCUCACGAUUGCUCAAGAUUACUGUUUCUGAGAUCUCUGGGUCCUUUUGCAUGUUUUACUGUGCAUUUUCUAUUUUCCUUUCAUUUUCUGUGGACAAUUUUUUUUUUUUUUUAGUUUCAUCUAAAUCUAAUUUAAACUCUACAUUUCCAGAAAACAAUUAAAAUAUCCUUUCACAGUUACACUGAGAUAGGAUCUGGUUGCUUUAGCGUUAUCAUUCUGGGGCUUUGAGUUCUUCAUAAAGAAAUGAUUUUACUUUACAAACUUUAUAAGUGCUUGAUCUUACCUUUAAAUGAAAAAACACAUCACACUACAGUGCUCUCUAAUAUGUAAUAUGGAAAUAUGUUGUAUCAGUGGACAAAUAUAUGUAACCAGUGUGUGAGCAUUCUUCCAUGAAUAUUUAUUUGUUUGACUGUUCUGCAUAAUUGAUUCUGUUUGUUAUUAGCACUGCAGUGUCUCCAUUUGAACAUUUAUGAGUAUUAAUAGAUAUGUGCUUCUGUAAAUGCAAGCAUAGUCACUUUUGAUGUAGUUAUAUCAAAGCUGAAUGUUUCCUUUAUAUAUCCCUUCCAAUAUAUCAGUAUAAUUUUCAUGUUGAAAUCAUACUGUUAACAUGAAACAGGCGUAAGUAUAUUUUACCUGCUUGUGCUUGUAUGUGCUCAUGGGAUUUUCAGCCUAUUUCAUGUUUUUAAUAUCUGUGUUGCACUGCAUAUUCUUCAGUUAUAUGGUUGAUUUUUUAGGUAGUCACAGUUUAAUCAGGGUGUAUUCUGUGGUUACUUUCUUCAGUAAAAGAUGUCAAUCUCUAUGUUUUCAUUAAAAAAAGAAACAAAACAAAGGACAUUGAAAGUGAGGAAAUACUAAAAAAAAACCUAAUGGAGAUAUUUCCAAAGGAAAUAAUUAGUGAACGCUGUUAUGAGAACACCAAAGUAAAGCGUUUCUCAUACUGUGUAUCAGGAUUAUCUCAAGUGCAAAGCCCAAAGGGAUAAUCCCUCAGGGUAUCUGUUUCAUCCUAUUUGAGACAAUUAACAAAAUGCUAACUAAUACUUAAAACCGCUUAACCUGUUUGACUACACAGGUUUGGUCCUUGUAAACAAGUCGCUGCAAAGACAGAGUGAUAUACAUGCAUGAUGGCACAAGCAUGAUCAGCCAGUGCAUUUCAGUUUAAAUAAAAUCAUGAAGUUGAACACGACUGUACAAACUGUGCAAACAACUGUGCACCUGUGGUUGUAGCGGGAAACCCAAACAGUUUUCAUAAGACACCACAGAAAUUAUUUUAACUUGUGAACUUUACACAUAACUUUACAGCCUGUUAUUGUGUUAAAUUUAUAUACUACUACUACUUCUACCACUACAAUUAUUAUUAUAAUCAUUAUCAUCAUAAUCACUAUCGUAUGAACAGUAUUUACAAAUAUCCUUAAAUUAAAAGAUUUACUCAAAUAGCACUAUGACAGCACAGCAGUUACAGUGCUGAUAAUAGAAAGUGUUUGACCCCUCCCUGAUGUCUUAGUUUUUUUUUAAAUCUAUUUGACACACUUACAUGUUUCAGAUCAUCAAAAUAUAAAUUUACAUUAGUAGUUGCCACUCUCUCCUUGUUAAAUCAUAAUUUAACUGUGAUUAACUUCCUUUUUAAAAGGCGGCGAGAGUCAUUAUCCACAAAUGUAAAACAAAGGACAUCAGGAAAACUACCACAAGAGUGAACCUUCCUCGGAGUCAUUUUCCUACCAAAAUAAUUCCAACAGCGCCUCCGUGACUUAUCCAGGAAGUCAUAAAAGAAUUGCUCAAAAAAACAAAAUUAACCUUUUGAAAGUACCCAGUCAAAACCCAGACUUAAAUUCAAUUGAAUUACUUUAGCAGCACGGUGGCAUGGUGGUUCGUACUCUCACAGCAAGGAAGUCCUGAGUUCAGCUCCACUAUCUGGCUGGGGCCCUUCGGUGUGGAGUUUAAAUGUUCACUUGGCUUCCACCCACAGUCCAAAGACAUGCAGUUAGUGGAGUUAAGGGUGAUUCUAAGUUUCUUGUAGGUGUAAGUGUCAAUGGUUGUCAGUCUCUCUAUGUUGGCCCUGCAACAGAUUGGUGACCUCAUGAAUAAGAAGAGGAGAGUGGAUGGAUACUUUAGCAUGACCAUUAAACAGGGUCUUCAUGCUUGUGCUUCCUGCAGUUUAAACCUCCUGCAGUAUGACUGAAAUAAAACAAUUCUGCAGUGAAAAGUGGGCCAAAGCUCCUCCACAGGGAUGUUAUACUGCAGACUCAAGUUAUACUGCUUCAAGCUGAUAGGAAAACAGUAACUCAGAUAACAACCAAGGUAUGCAGAAGAGCAUCUGUCAAAGCGUACCACAUCACACCUUAAAGCAGAAGAAGACCACAUUGGGUUCCACUCCUGUCAGCUAACAGCAGAAAACUGAGGCUACAACUCUCACAGGCUCACCAAAAUAACAAAAAUUGGACAACAGAAAAUUGAAAAACAUAGUUGGAUCUGAUCAGUCUAAAUUUCUACUGUGACAUUUGGAUGGUAGGGUCAGAAUUUGAUGUAAACAAGAUGAAAGCAUGGCUUCCUGCCUUGUACCAAUGUUUAAGCUGAUAUAUGUUUUAAUUAUACAUGUAAAUUGAAAAAUACAAUACACACGUCUGUAAAUCUGCUGGAUUAGUGCAAGAAUUGAAUCCAACAAAUGUACUAGAGUUUUGUUAUGCAUGUAUAAUAUGAUCAAGUGACUCAUGUUGUUUAUAGUUUAUCUUACUCUGAAGGAUUUAACUUUAGGAUGUAUGUUAUGUCAGUUGUUGCUGUGCAUAUUUCUUCAAUCAUAGCGUGAUAGUGGGUGAUAUAUGCCGAAGUGAGUGUAUACCAUUAUUAGUUUGUGUAGAAAGAGAUACGACCCACUAAUUUCAGUGACAAAGUAUAUAAGUAAAAGAAACAAAAAAAGUAGUAAAUACUAAAAAUUACAGAAAGCAAUCAAAUUUGGGAAACCAGCAUAGUGAAUCACUAAUGAAUACUGAUUUAAAGAAGCGUGACUCACACUGUGAAUGGAAUCAUCUCACCUGCAAAUCCUGAUGGAAUAAUCUUUUCGAAGUCAGUGUCAUCUGUUUAAGGUGGCCAUAAUACUAAUACCUAAAAUGUUUCACCACUCAGACCAUAAACUGUUCAUGACUUUGAGUUGGUAGCUGUUGGUUGAGCUGAUUUGUGUACAUGUUCACCAAUAUAAAUGUCAGCAAUCCGUAAUGCUAUAAUCCACCUUUGAUUUUAAAGUCAUUUCCAUGUCACCUAAGUAAAUUAUUAUUGUUAUAAGUAAGCCACUGCAGGUGGAAUAAAUAUUCUUCACUGAAUGAUAACUUUGCUUGUGAACCUCAGUGUGUCAGUGGAUCUCCACCACUCAUUCAUUCAUUCAUUCAUUCAUUCAUUCAUUCACGGGAACACCACAAUGUUACACAUGGAAUUCGGUUAUCAUGGCAGGUGCCCAACAGUUGCCUGUUUUUGAACGUGUUUUGUGUUGUUUGACAAGUUGUUCUUGCUUUAGCCCAUGAGAAGGCAUACUCAUAAGUAGUUUGAUGUGGUAUCUGAGCAGCAAAUAAUAUGACAACACUGUUUGUGCUCAUCUGAGCAUUGAGGCUGCAUACUCAGUGAGGCAAAUGCUUCAAAAUCUGUUUGACUGAUUUAACUUGUGUUCUGUAGAAAAAUAAAAUGAGACUGAAAUGCCUGA